AUGGCGAUACAGAUCUUUGUUUUGGAUUUAUUUUACAUUACAUCCCUAAUAUUUCAGGGAGCUAUUUUGUCUGUCUCUGGAGUUGAAACUUCAUCUUAUACGAAGGAACGUACGUUUCAUGCAGCUGAAAAUCAAGCGCUAAGAAAGGUUGCAUUUGCAACCAAAACUGUGCGAUCUCGUGUCAUCUGCGGACGGGAAUGCAGCAUGGAUGAACGUUGCAAGUCGUUUAACUUUAACGACUGCAGUAAAAUGUGCGAGUUGAACCUUGCCACAAGACGAGAGCAUCCUGAAGACUUCAAUGCAACUCAAGGGAGUGUGUACUUUGAUGCAGAUGAGGACACACCUCUCUACUCACUGACUGAUAGCUCCUUCAAUCGCUACAGAAGUUGCAAGAUGCUCUUAGAUGCCGGUUAUUGGUCAAGCGGUAUCUACACAAUCUACCCAGAGGGAUUCGGUAAUGACAGUCUUCGUAUCUACUGUGACAUGGAAACCGACGGUGGAGGAUGGGUCGUGUUUCAGAGGCGGCAAGAUGGCAGUGUGGACUUCUAUCGUAACUGGACCGAGUACCAGUCUGGCUUUGGCGAUCUGUCCGGUGAGUUCUGGUUGGGCAAUGACAACUUGGUGACUCUGACGUCUAAUGAUUCACAAGGAACAUGGGAGCUACGAGUUGAUUUAGAGGACUGGGAGAACAACACGGCAUGGGCAAAAUACUCAGAUUUCCAAAUAUCCCCCGGUGAGUACAUUUUGAGUUAUGAUCGGUAUACCAACGGCACUGCAGGUGACGCUCUUUCGUAUCAAAGAAGGAAUCUUUUCUCAACCAAGGAUCGUGACAAUGAUGCAUGGGAGUCAAGCUGUGCAGAAUACGUCCAGGGAGGUGGCUGGUGGUAUAAUGCUUGUUUAUAUUCUAAUUUAAAUGGUCGAUAUUCUCUGCCAGACGAGCCUGCAGUAAGACUAACAGGCAUAAUUUGGGAUGAUUUCAGGGGACUAUAUUAUUCUCUGAAAGCGUCCAGCAUGAAAAUGCGUGAAAUAGCCCUAUGA